UUAACAGAGAUUCGAGGGUAUUCCUGUAAUUUAAUAAAAGAAAUCGAUCUCUCCUGUCUGUGCCCUAAUCGCCUGCAAUCUUCUUCUCCUCCCUCGUUCCCCAAAUCUCCCGCCCUUCUAAUAUGUAUCACAACUAGGUUAUCGCGGGAUGGAACCAAUGGACAUCGUUGGAAAAUCGAAAGAGGAUGUUUCGCUACCAAAAGCAACUAUGUUUAAGAUCAUCAAGGAGAUGCUGCCACCAGAUGUUCGUGUUGCAAGAGAUGCUCAAGAUCUUCUUGUUGAGUGUUGUGUAGAAUUUAUCAACCUCAUUUCCUCCGAAUCAAAUGAAGUAUGUAGCCAAGAAGAGAAAAGAACAAUUGCACCUGAGCAUGUUCUGAAGGCUUUAGAGGUACUUGGGUUUCACGACUACAUUGAGGAAGUUUACGCUGCAUACGAGCAGCAUAAGCUUGAGACUUUGGACUCGCCCAAAGGUGGUAAAUGGGGCAGUGGAGCCGAGAUGACCGAGGAAGAAGCUUUGGCAGAGCAACAAAGAAUGUUUGCAGAGGCACGUGCUAGAAUGAAUGGUGGGAUGACCAUCCCCAAGCAAUCAGAAUCAGAUCGGGGCUUGGAGAGUUAAGGAUUUCUAUUGGAUAUCCUUGAUGGUUUCAUGUGGAUUUUGCUUCUCCUGUAGUCUUCUGUACAUAAGGCCUUUGGAGAUGCAGCAGCCGUUAGUAGAUUUGCACUCUUUUCUGUAUCUACCCCUGAAUUAUGUAAAAAAAGAAAAUGGCAAACAUGUUUCUAUGUUUAUGUUUAUAUGCCCCUUAAUUUUAAAAGUUACAGAGUUCGGUUGAAGGUCGA